AGGAGGAGUACGGUAUCUCUACCAAGGAGGUCCUCCUCCUUGGAGGAGCACCUGGAAGGUAGGAAUGACAGCUCCCUCGGGGGAGAUAAGGAGGAUGAAGGAAGAAGACCUCCAAGGGGGUCCUCCUUGGAGGAAUACCUGAGAGCUAGGAAUGACAAGGUUUCCCCCACUGGAGGAGGCGUUGUUCACGUCGAGGGGCAAGGUAGUAAUCCAUCCCAGAGAGGUUUGGCGAAGCAGCAGCAGCAGCAGCAGCAGGAGCCAAGGGCACCUGAGGAGGACAAUGAGGGCAGUGGUGCCCUCAGCUUGGCGGGACAGAUGUUUCUCAGUUGGGCCCAGUGCUUCGGCGGGAAGCUGACCUUCGAGAAGACCGUCGGAGUCGACUUCGACGAGCCCUCCAUCCCCCUCCUGUCGAAGGGCAACGCCGCCAUCACCAACGAGUGCAGCGGCACCUGCAGCAACGCCCCUGGGUGCCAGGCUUUCUCCUUGGAUUACACCACGGGAAACUGCAAGUCCUUCGACCGCACCUCAGUGGGUCGCCGGCGGUCGAUUUACAACAGCCAGGGGACGAAUUUCUUCGAGAAAAUCUGCCUCAGGGGAGUGGAUUACGGUCGUCUAUGCGGCAGCGAGCGUCUCUGGGCUUUCGAACGCGUACUGGACGCGUUCCUGGAAGGAUACGACAACAAGACCAUCCCAAAUGUGGACACCAGGACCGAUUGCAUGAGGUUCUGUCUUAUCGAGACCGACUUCAUUUGCAGGUCUGCUGAAUACGACACCAUCAGAAAGCUCUGUCGCCUGAGUCCUGAAGAUCGUCGGACGCGACCGAGUGAAUUCGUGUCUUCGCCUGGAUCGUCUAUAGACUACUUGGAGAACCAGUGUGCAAGGACCCUCCCGGACUGCCGUUACAACCAGCAGUUCGACGCCAUGGUCAUCUCAAUGGACGCCUUGGAGUUCGCCUCUGUCAUAGACGAUUGCCAGAGCCUCUGCGACAAUCUGCGAUUCAUAACUUGUAGGUCGUUCACCUACGCGCCUACGGAGAAGAGAUGCUACCUGUCUGGCGAUGACUCGAUAUCUCUCAACAAAACUGUUUUGCCCAUCAAAUCGGGUGUCAUAACUGGCGAAAAACAGUGUACAGUCAGCCAGUGCGAGAGAGACCAAGGAACAAUUAUUUACGAGAAGAUCACAGGGCAGAGCGUCAGGUCCGCUAGAGAAGAACUCUAUACCCUAGACAGCUCCGCCCCUGGGGGUUUCACAGAGAGAUGCGCCAAGAGAUGUAUGGAAGACGCUGGCAACUGUCCGUCCUUCGCCGUCGACUACGCAAGCAGUCGAUGUCUCAAACUCGACCGAAACACUCAAGGACGAGCCUCCGAGCUCUACUCCUCGAGCGGCAAGAGCUACUUCGAGAAGACCUGCGUCAGAGCCAACUUGCCACCCAGCUGCAGAGGAAAGACGUGGCACUUCGAGCGGGUUCCUGGAAAGGAACUGAGAGGUCUGGAUGACCGCGUCAUUCCAGAUGUGCAGAACCGGAGGGACUGUGUUGAGAUGUGUCUGCGGGAGACUCAGUUCGUCUGCCGAUCUGCCGAAUACGACGACACCAAACUCCAGUGUCGCCUGAGCAGCAAGGACAGGAGAUCUGAUCCCACGGACUUUGUGGAUGCUUUGACCAACACUGUGGAGUACCUGGAGAAUCAGUGCGCGCCAGUGGAUACCACGUGCCCAUACCAAGUGAACUCGGGCGCCUACCCGCGCUACCUGGAUGCCACCAUCGAGGGCGUGGGCUCUGACCUCGAAUGCCAGCAACGGUGCACCAGCUAUACCCAGUUCAACUGCAGGUCACUGGCCUUCCGCCCGACUGGCCUGCAGUGUUUCAUCUCAGGCGAUGAUCGAGCAUCAGCUGGGAGAGAGGCCGUCGUCAACCGGCCCGGCACGACAUUCUACGACCGCGACUGCACGGCCUCCGGCCCUACGACUCCUCCAGGAGGUAUAGGAGGUGGAACUGGCAUUGGUGGAACUGGGACAGGUGGUACGGGUGGCACCACAGGACCAGGGGGAGGUGGAACUGGUAUUGGCGGAGGAGGAGGUGGAACUGGUAUUGGCGGAGGAGGAGGUGGAACUGGUAUUGGCGGAGGAGGAGGAGGCACUGGUAUUGGCACUGGUGGAACAGGUGGAACUGGUAUUGGCACUGGAGGAACGGGUGGAACCGGUGGCACUAGUGGAACCGGUGGCACUGGUGGAACUGGGGGCACGGGGGCCACGUUCCCCCCGACGACGUUCCGACCAGGAGGAGGGGAAGACAAUUUUCUGUUCCAAGUAGACCGAUGCUCAUUCGGAAGGCUCACCUACGAGAAGGUCACGGGAUACGAGCUCGCCGGGAUCAGCUCCCUGCCUCUCUACUCGUCCAGGGAUCCAGGAAUCACCACCGAAUGUACCCGUAGAUGUAGCAAUACGGACUCCUGCAUGGCUUUCAACCUGGACUACAACCGUUUCGAGUGUUAUGCCCUCGACAGCAGCGCCGUAGAUGCCCCUUCAAAUCUGAGGAGGUCCGCCGGAGUGGCUUACUUCGAAGGGGUGUGCCUCAGGGUAGGUGGAUGCGGCCUUCUGUGGACCUACGAGAGGGUUUCCAAUUUCGAGCUCAGGGGACAAGAGAGGGAGACCUACAAUGGAAUCACGAAAUCCGAAUGCAUGGACCGGUGCCUGGAAGAGAGGAGAUUCGUGUGUCGGUCUGCUACCUACGAGUACGCUCAGAGAAUUUGCCGAAUCUCAGAUCAAAACAGGUUCUCGGCUCCUACGUCUUUCCAGGCUGCGCCCAACGUUGAUUACAUGGAGAACCAGUGCGCUCCCAGGCCACGCGACUGCCGCUACACCAACAACCAAAAGGACAGGUACUUGAUCUACACCUCCAAGACGGUGAACGCCUUCACUGACAUCGCAUGCCAGAGGGCUUGUGACAUCGAGAGCGAGUUCAACUGCAGGUCCUACUCCUUCAUGAGCCAGAGUGGUACAACUGGAGACCAGUGUUACCUGAGCGGAGAGACUGGAACGAACGCUGGAAACAGCAACUUCCAGUUCAGGGGCGGGGCGCUCUUCGCCGAGAAGCAGUGCAACGAUUACAGUACCACAGGUUCAGCUGGUGGAGGAGGCUUUGGAGGCUCUGGAGGCUCUGGUGGAUCUGGAGGAGGGUCCUUUGGAGGAGGUUCAGGCUCUGGUGGGUCUGGAGGAGGCUCCUUUGGAGGAGGAUCAGGCUCUGGUGGGUCUGGAGGAGGCUCCUUUGGAGGAGGUUCAGGCUCUGGUGGGUCUGGAGGAGGAUUUGGAGGAGGUUCAGGCUCUGGUGGGUCUGGAGGAGGAUUUGGAGGCUCUGGGGGAACUGGAGGUGGCUUUGGAGGCUCUGGGGGAACUGGAGGAGGCUUUGGAGGCUCAGGGGGAACUGGAGGAGGCUUUGGAGGCUCAGGGGGAACUGGAGGAGGGUCCUUUGGAGGAGGAGGAGGAGGAGGAAGUUCGAAUGGAAGUGGAGGAGGAUUUGGUGGAUCAGGAGGGGGAACUGGUGGUGGUGGAGGAAGUGGAAGCGGAGGCUUUGGAGGCUCCGGAGGGUUUGGUGGCUCUGGAACUUCUGGAGGGUUUGGUGGCUCUGGAGGCUCUGGAAGUUCCGGAGGCUCUGGAGGCUUUGGUGGCUCAGGAGGUUUUGGUGGCUCAGGAGGAUUUGGUGGCUCUGGAGGCUCUGGGGGCGGUGGGGGCGGUGGGGGCGGUGGUGGUGCUGGAGGUGCUGGAGGCUCUGGUGGCUUUGGUGGAUCUGGAGGCUCUGGGGGCUUCGGUGGAAGCGGAGGCUCCGGAGGCUUUGGCGGAUCUGGAGGCUCUGGAGGUUUUGGAGGCUCUGGAGGGUUUGGUGGCUCAGGAGGAUCCGGAGGAGGUUUUGGUGGUGGCACACGACCUGGAGGAGGAGGAGGAGGAGCAGGAGCAGGAGGUGGAGGAGGCUCCGGCAGUUCAGGAGGCAGUGUAUCUCCAGGCGGACCUGACGUCGUUACCUGUCGCUUUGCCCCGUCCUACGAUAAGGUUAUGGGGGUGGACCUGCGUGGCGCCAGAGAGGAGAUGCGAGCCAGAGACCAGUUGGGCAUCACCAUCGACUGCCUGAAGGAAUGCGACCGCCGAGGGAACAGGUGCCUAGCGGUCACCCUGGAAACCUCUCCAGCCACUGCCCAGAGGUGCUACUCCCUGGACUCUGCCGCCGGGGCAGACACCAACCUCCUGACACCUAAUCCCCAGGUGUCUUACUUUGAGAAAGUCUGCAUACCAGAACGAGGCUGUGGCAAAGCCUGGACGUUCGUGCGCGUGCCCGGGUAUGACCUGAACGUCAACGGGCGUGUGAUCAACAAUGUCAGGUCAAGAGAGGAGUGCCAAGCUGAGUGCCUGAGAGCCACAAGCAUUCCUUGCAGGUCAGCCGUGUAUGACAGAAGGCAACGCACUUGCAAAAUAAUGCCGGAGACCAGACGAACCGACCCGGACAAAUACGGCUUCAGGUCACGUGACGUGGAGUUCAUGGAGAACCAGUGUGCUCCAGAUCCUCCAAACUGCGACUACGCCAACUUCGAAGGGCGCUUCUUGCCUUACUUCGAUAGAUUCUUCACUAACGUGUUCGACCCUGCAGAAUGUAAACAAUACUGUGAUGGAGAGAGAGAUUUCACUUGCCGUAGCUACAACUUCCAGUCCUUCCGAAGGGAAUGCUCUUUGAGUUCGGACGACACUUUCACCGUCGGAGGACAGAAUGCCCUCCAGGUUGAGAGGGACUACUUCUAUUCCGAAAGAGCUGCUUGUAAAACAGUCAAGGUCGACUGUACUCCAACGGACAUGCUAGUGACCUUCACCUUUGGCACGGCCUUCGAAGGGCGAGUGUAUGCCACGGGCAAUGCCCAGGCCUGCUUCGAAAUGGGCAACAGACAGACUCAGGUCGUUCUGCGCGUGCCCUUGGGCAAUACGUGUGGCACACGAGAAGAGAGCAAAGGGAAAUUCGUCAACACAGUAGUCGUGCAGCAGCAUCCGUUGAUCAUGCAGGAAUCUGACAGGACCGUGAGAGUGGAGUGUUCGUUCGAGGCAGGUGACCAGACAGUCAGCUUUGCCCCGCAAGGCGGAGCUGGAAGAACUGGAGGAGGCAUCGACAUCAAUUCGAAGGAACACGAACUAGCAACCAAUUUCAUUACUGGAUUCAGUAAGAGAAUUGAUAACAUAACAAGCGCCGCCUUCCGUCCUGGCGGCGAAAACGACAUCAUCAGCAACACGGCGCCGACGCCGACGGUGCGCAUGCGCAUCUACAAGGCCAACGACCAGGAGGCCAACAACGUGGACCUCGGCGAGCUGCUGACGCUGAAGAUCGAGAUGGAGCAGCAGUCGGCCUUCGCCAUCUUCGCGCGCAAUCUGGAGGCGCGAACAGACAACGGAGAGCUCAUGACGCUCAUCGACAACAUUGGAUGUCCUCGAUAUCCCAACAUCUUCCCAGAACUCCUGGUGGAAGACAGAACCAAGAACCUCUACGCCAACUUCAAGGCCUUCAGGUUCCCCUCGACGGCCAGGGUCAACUUCGUCGCCACCGUCAGGUUCUGCCAGGAGGCCUGCGACCCGGUCAACUGUGGAGGAGGGGUCGUAUCGUACGGCAGGCGCCGCCGUAGAGCAGUCAACGCGACGCUGUUCGACGCCGAGUACGACAACUACCACGACGAUGAAGGGGAUGAGGAUUACGUCGCCGAGAAUGUCACCGAGGUGAAGCUCCACUUCUCGUCAGAUGGCACCACCGAGGGCAGUUACACCUACAGCUUCUCGCCUCUCCGAGGAACGCCAGGUUCUCAGAAUAAGUCUGCUGACGACGAUCAUGUCACGGAGCCCAUUAAAACCACGAAGCGUUCUGUGCCUCUCUCGUCGACCUCUCCCGCCACGAGUGGCAGGAUCUCUCGCUCCACGGAGUCCGAAAUUUCCUCUAGCGGGACCACCCCGAAGUCAGAGGACAGGGCGACCACCGAGAGAAGCCCGCCGAAGGCCGAGAUGCCCAGCGACAUACCCGUGGCACUGUCGCUCGUGGUUGGUGAAGACACGAUGCCCGAAGGCUGGGACGAACGUGACAGAUAUCGAUACAGAGAUGCGGACGACUACGUGUGCACCCCGACGUCGACGGUCAUCGCCGCUGUGCUCACCUUGAUGCUGCUGAUGGGCGCUUCGGUCGCUGGAUUCGUCUUCUUCUACCGCGGGAAAAAGCGACACUGGCAGAAGAUGGGGAACAGCGACCCCUUCCCCAUCCCGCCACAGCCGAAGAACCAGUUCUUCAACAGCCCGGAGGUCAUGUUCCGCGCAGCCUACGGGGGCUUCCCAGGGCAAUCCAACAUGGCGACCAACAUGGCCGCCUUCGCUGCAGCCCAGACGCUUUCGCCUAUACACCAAGAAGAAGCGCCACAGUACAAGGAGUGCUGAUGAAGAACCCGUUCAUUAUCCCCAGUCUGUAAUGGUUACUUAACCCAAAUCUGUCACUAAUUAACUUUAAUUGAUUUAAAACUAUUCGUUUCGUAGUGAUGUCUAAAGGGGUAAACCAAGUGUUCGGAAUCUAAAGCAGUUAAAUUAGUUUUUUUUUAGGUUCUUUCGUAACUUUGGUUAAUAUUACCCAAUCUGUAACGUUGCUGGAUUCAAAUCACACUUUUAGGAUACUAAUUGAAAGGAUAAUUUUGUUAGCAUUUUUUUUUAAACUUAAGUGGAUAAAAUCCUUUCAUAAACGAAAACUCAAUUUGAUUUGUGAAUUCCAUUACAAGGACAAGACUUUGUUACCAUUUUUGUUUUCAUUGUGUUUUUUUAUAAAUUUAAAAUUAGUUCCUUAGAUUCGAAGAACCGAAGAAUGCAAAAGUCCAUUGCAAAUGAAAGAAGAAUACAAAGAAGUAUUUUGCAAAUCAAAAAUAUUUUUCUAAUGAUUGCUUUACAUAUUCUUUUGAACCCUUGUUCAUUCUAUGCUUGUAAAUAGCUUAGUUGUUAAGGAACCUUUGGAGCGCUAUAUAAUAUAUGUAUCAAGUUUUGCACUUGCCCUGUCUACUUAAGUAAGUAAUGCUUUCAAGAAUACUUCUUGUAAAUACUUAUAAACUUGACUUUUCUAUUUUUUCUUUUUUCUUUUUGGCGAAGGUACUGGAGAAUUUAGGAGACUUAAAAACAGUUCUUGCUUUGUUGCGUUGGUUUCUGUUGACAUGCUUUAGGCUGUAGUAGUUCGUACUUUAACGAGGAAUCCGGAGAAACAAUAUGCUUUGAAAAGACUAAUUUCCGAAUCGAAAACGAUGACUGAAAAACAUUUCAGUAAUUUUCGUGUUUUUCUCUUUUUUUCCACUUUUACACUCUAUCAUUCACGUCAUUUUUCAUUCUUCUUUACGAAUAUUUACUCAAUUUAGCGUUCAUCAACAUUUUCUGCCUUUGGACAAUGUCAAAUAUGAUAGAAAUGAAAAUAUGGCGAAAUAUUAAUCAACGUUUCGUACACAAUUAGGAAGAUUGCAAGUGAAAUUUAAAAGGAUCGAAAUGAAUUUUUUUAUUAAUAUUUUCCAAAAUAACAAAAACACAUUUUCAAAGCAUCCAGAGAAAACGAUAAUUUAUUUCUAAAUUGCAUUCUAUUUGUCACCCUGCUAUUAAGAAUCAAUGGAGGGUUAGAGCGAUAAUGGAAUAACUCUCUCUCUCUCUCUCUCUCUCUCUCUCUCUCUCUCUCUCUCUCUCUCUCUUUCAAAAUAGGCCCUCUUUCUUUAUAUAUCAAACAACGUUAAUGUUCAAUAUUUCAUGUGACGCAUAAUAUAGUCAUUCAGCCGUUUAUUUUAUUUUAUUUUAUUUUUUUCUGCCUUACUCUCUGUGACUGAUCGAUAACUAGUGAUAUAGCAGCGUUCCUUUUCAUUCCUCCCAUUUAACUUCUCAUCGUCCCAUUACUUUUCAUCCCUUUUCAUCAAAUUUUGACUUCUACCCUACACGCGUAGCUAUAUUAUCUACAAUCCAUUUUUAGGGAAAGUGUGUUCAAUGCGCUUUCGCCCUCUUGUUGGUGACGUACUCAAACCUAAAGAGAUUACUGCUUAAAUUAUUCUGGAAACACAAAGGAGGAAAGAGAAUCCCACUUACUUUACUAUCAUAUUUUAUGCAUUCCGUUUAAUAAUAGAGAAUUAUUAUUAUUGUUAUUAUUUAUUAUCAUUAUUACUAGCAAACAUGUAUACAGAAAUUAUGUAUGAAAAUUCGUAAAGUAACUAAGUCUACGGGCGUAACCAACCUCGUUUCACGGGCAGAACCAGCUCCGAUUCAGGGAAUCCCUUCUCACCCCACCCUCUUCGGAGGGUGGGGGGAGGUAGAAUGAAAUCCCAUUGUAAACCAUCUUAGGGGUCCCCACUAUAACUCUGCCAAGUUUCAUGCCCAUCAGACCAGCCGUGUGGCCGUGAUUGAAUGACAGACAAACGGACAGACAUAAUGCCCAUUAAAGUAAGAUUAUUAUUAUUAUUUACGUGCACAUUCGUGAAACUAGAAAAGAAAAAGAGGUAUAGUAGUGAUACUACACAGAAAAAUUAGCUAAAAAUAGUCUAAAAAAUAGUUUUAUCAAUAUCAUUAGAAAUAUUCAGGAUAAAAACUCUCUUAUUAAUCUUACACUUGAAGCAAUAAAGUUAUUUUAAAUCCCCGUCCUUCCAUUUUCUUUCUCUAAAACAACACAAAACAGAAUCGAAGGGGAAAGAUAUGACCACAGUACUCACCACAUCAAAUCAUCAAUUAGAUAACCCUAUAAUAAUGCAAUUAUUAAUGACUCAAUCCAGGGAGAUUAUCAGAUUAGCUGUGUCAUCACUUGCUCGCCCUUAGGUUAAAUAUUUUUUUAUUUUAUUUUACGGUUUUAUAAGUUAGACGUUUAGGGUAAGGUUAUAUAUACAUACAUAUAUACAUAUAGUAUACAUAUAUAUGUAUAUAUACAUAUAUAAAAAUAUAUAUACAUGUAUAUACGUAUAUCUAUGAAUUUAAUAUUAAUAGGUUAUUUGUGGCUUAAUCUAUAAAAACAUAAAGAUGCCAUAUAUAUAAA